AUGACAAGAAUUCCAAUCAAUCCACCAGAGGAGUUUGAGAAAGUAAAGGCUUUCCUAGAGAAAAUAGAGACAGAAAUGAGAAAAGCGGAGAAUGCUCCUCUUGCUACAAAUCCUCCCGAAAACUAUUGGCCGAUUUUCCAGCUCCAUCACCAGAGAUCUAGAUACAUAUAUAAUUUAGAUAAAAAAGGCGAGAUAAGUAAUGAGCUAUACAAAUAUCUUUCACUAAACCGAUUUGUGGACCAUGAAUUAGUUUGUUAUUGGAAAAAAGAGGGAUAUGAAGACCUAUGCUGCCUCCGAUGCAUCCAGCCCAUUGACAGCAAGCAUGGAAAUGUAUGCAUAUGCAGAGUUCCCGAGAGAAGUAUCGACGUUGCGAGGGCUAUAAGAUGCGACAACUGUGGAUGUAGAGGAUGUUCUGGAUACUGA